UGUUUAAAGCAUCAAGUUCACGCACGUCACAGCUCGCACAUAAUAAAACAAAUUUCCAUUUUUUUUUGAUAACGUUAAAAAACAAAAAAACAAAUUAAUUGCAAGAAACAAAAAAAAAAAAAAGGAAGAGAAUUUGCGCGACAACAACAACGAUCAGUCGUCGUCGUCGUCUUCUCAGAUCUUCGUGAUUUGGCGAUUCCUCAACGGAUUCUAUGCCGCAAGAGCUUCGAUUGUAUCCUCUCUGAGGAUUGGGAAAACCAUGGACAUAGAUAGCAAGAACAAAGGAAAACGAAUUUACAAAGAUAAUAUUCGUGUAAAGCGGAAAACUUUGCAAGCUUUACUCGAUGAUUGCCAGAGAGCCCUCGAGUUGUUAAACUUAGCCGAACUCAGUUCUGAAGAAGAUGAGGAAAGCACCGGCGAGAGAAAUGGGUCACAAGAGGAGGAAUCGAACAGGGGAGAUCCUGAAGCUGAUGAAUUAUAUGAUCUCAUCAAAUCCAGGGUUGAAUGUGAUGACUUCCUUGAAAAGAUUGAGUCAGCGCAGGUUUCAGCGCCGCAACAUCUUGCUGAAGAUAGUGGCGCUUGGGAUGUAGUUAGUGAAGAUGAUCUUUGGGAUGAUGAAACCAUGGCUCAAAGGGAAGAAGAUUAUGUCCUUGUUAGGGAAGAAGAUAUAGCAGAGGGCAUUGCAUGUUUUAUGGCUACUUAUUUACAAUCACUUAAGCAGACAAAGGACUUGACCCCUGAGCAGCUUCAGAAAGCACUUAGCAGGAUGUUCUCAGUGAAGAAUAGAAAGGGGAAACUUCGGAAAGCCUGGGAUGGAAGUAAGGUUGCUUACAACGUAGCAUCGUGGAGCGCCACUGUUAUAGGGAUCUAUCAAAACCCGGUGAUCCUCAGGGUUGCAUCAAAGGCCUUCUGGGCGUCGUGUCAUGUAAUAUCGAAGCUUGUCUGAUUGAUGACGAAGCCUUUCGAGCACAUCUCUCGCCUGUGUGCUGCGAUAACAGUUUAAUUUGGGCUCCUCCAUGAUCUAUGUAAAUUAAAUUUCAUCAUGUAUAAAGAAUGCCAUUUGUGAUUACGUUCUUUACUGCACUAUUCUUUCUGCAUCAUCGUUUAUAUCCAUAAAACGAAUAAAUGCAUGCUAAAGCAUAAAAUCACGUA